AUGGUGAUGGAGUACGUACCCGGUGGCAAUUUGGUCGGUUGGAUGGACGAGGUUGAGGUGCUCAGUGAGCCUGCUGCUCGCUUCUAUGCUGCUGAAGUGACCCUUGCCCUACGGGCUCUUCAUGGAAUGGGCUUCAUUCACCGCGAUCUAAAGCCGGACAAUCUGCUCGUAGACGCACAUGGUCACCUGAAAUUGGCCGAUUUCGGUACAUGCAUUGCUGUUGACAGUAAGACUCGACGCGUUCACUGUCAUACUGCCGUUGGUACGCCAGAUUACAUCAGCCCGGAGGUCCUUCUCUCUCAGGUACACCAUAUUUUACCUAUGGGUUUCCAUAUAUCUUCUCAAGUUGACCUCUUGGCACAUCACUUUCAGCUUUGA